AUGCCAGAGCCUCACAUUGCUGAGCCGGCUCAGACUGGCUUCGCUUCUGCCCGCGCCUAUGAUGCCUACCGACCAUCGUAUCCAGCGGAAGCCGUUGAGCAACUACUUGACGGCCUGGGCAUAGCCGGCGUCAAAGGUGCUAAAGUUGUAGACCUUGCGGCUGGCACGGGUAAGUUCACGGAGAUCCUUGCCAGAAGACCCGAGGGGUACGAUGUUGUAGCCAUUGAGCCUCAUGAUGCGAUGCGCGAACAGUUGGAAGAAAAAUCCCUUCCCCGAGUUAGAGUCGUCAAGGGGACGGCCGACGCCAUGUCAAACAUUCCGGAUGGAAGUUUCGCGUGCGUGAUAACAGCACAGCACACAUCUGAUCUCUUCCCAAGGUUUGCCAACGUGGACGCUCUGAAGGAGAUAGCCCGAAUAUUGCAGCCAUCGGGCACUUUUGGCCUCAUUUGGAACAUCGAAGAUUAUAAUUCACCGAGAUCGUGGGCAAUCCACCCUGGCUGGGAGCGCACAAUGCGCGACAUAAUAUGGACGUUUGACGAUAACUCUCCACGAUUCCGGCAUCAGAAGUGGCGCAAAGUCUUCGACGAUCAAAGCAACAGUAGUACUCUGUUGUUCAAUUUGCCGUUAAGAGAAGGCUCAGUCGACUUCGAGACGAGACUGCCUAGAGAGACAAUCUGGAGCCGAUUAAGGACGUUAAGCCAGCUUGCCAUUCUCGAGGGUCAAGGGCUAGAGAAAGUGAGAAAGACAUUCAUCGAGAGCGUCAAUUCUGGGGAAACUGAGACCGAUGAAUCUGGGCGCAUCGCUGUGCAUGGCCGUACUGUAUUCUUCUGGACGAGCAAGGUAUCUGCUGAGCCGCCCAAGAGCGGUGGUUAG